AUGGCUGCCGUUUUCGUUAUCGUGAUUCAUUGUACAGCUAUUACUGUCCGUAUCCUCUCGGCUGCUUCUUGGAAUCGUAGGAGUUCUUCUGGCGAACUGGGACUAUCGAAGAACUUCUCUGGCUCGCAUAUCGAUCCUAUAAUCUCACCCUUUCUUAUAUAA